AUGCCAACCAGCGAGGACGCGGUGUCAAGAGGACGCGCCGAGAGGUCGGCAGACCUGAGUCUCAAGCUGCAGGCCGCCUAUCGGGACGGAGAUCUGCCGAAGCGUGCGGCCGGUGGACUCGACAGUCCGCUGUCUGCUGCGGCCGUAAGGGUGGAUGUGGAUGUGGUCGAGCUCCUGCUGGAGAGCGGAGCGUCGGCGGACGAUCGGGACUCGGACGGGUGGACGGCGCUGAUGAAGGCUUCAGGUGAGGGGCGUGGAGAUAUCGUGGCGCUGCUCUUGAGGGGAGGCGCGAGUGCGGACAAGCAGCUGCCGAGCGGCGAAACUGCGCUGGAGCUUGCGAGCAUGGCGGGGCAUCUGGAGGUUGUGGCGUUUCUAUUGGAGAAGGGGGCAGGUAUCGACUUGGCGUCUGAUCAAGGGUGGAUGCCGCUGCUGCGCGCCUCGGAAAAAGGCCAUGCAGGUGUUGUUCGGGCUCUGCUGAAGGCCGGGGCGAGUGUGGACAAGCAGCUUCCUAAUGGCUCCACUUGUGAGAAUGGGCACGCGGAUGUUAUCAGCCUCCUGGUUGAUAGAGGCGCUAAUCUGAACAAGCGACUCGUUGACGGCUCUACUGCUCUCCAUAUCGCCGCUAGAAACGGCCACCUCCAAGCUGCAGAGCUGCUGGUUGACUACGCCGUUCCCGUGGAUGUGGUGAAUAAGGACGGAGACACGCCGCUCUUCGUAGCCGCGGCAAAUGGACACGUUAACGUGGUGAAGCUGCUGAUAGAGCGUGGAGCGUCUGUCGUCGCGACCAACAAUUCAGGCUGGACGGCAGCGAUGAAGGCUGCGGAACUGGGAUAUCGAGGUGAGGUGAAGGCAAUUCUCAAGAGCGACGCUGGUAUGAAGGCCGUUGAUAUGCAGCUCUCUAGCGGAGCGACUGCGCUCAACAUCGCGAGUGAGCAUGGACACAUGGACGUCGUCGUUGCGCUUGUGAACGCAGGAGCUGACCUCGAAUUGGCUGACAACGCGGGCUACACGCCGCUCAUUACGGCAGCAGAACUGGGAUAUUCCGAUAUCGUCCAACUCGCAGUGAACAGAGGCGCGGAUGUGAACGUGCAGCUGCCGAAUGGGGGCACUGCGCUGCUCACUGCUGUAUGGCACAGGCGUCUGGCCGUGGUUCGGAUCCUGCUGGACAAUGGCGCAGAUCUCGACUUGUGUGGAGAUUUCCAGAACUGGUCGCCGCUGAAUGCAGCCUACUUCAGUGGCUACACCGACCUUGUGCAGCUCAUUUACGAGCGCGUUCCCGACGAUACAAGCGAUCCGGAUCCAGAUGAAGCCCCAGCUCUAGUCAUCUUACCUCGGAAGCAAACUGUCACCAUGAACAAUAGCGUGGACCAAACGAACCGAAACGGGGACACGGCUCUGCGAAUUGCAUGUGAACGAGGGCAGUUGAAGGUUGUGGAGCGUUUGUUGGUCAGCACCGAGGCGGUCAAUAUCACGGACAGCAAGGGGUGGACUCCUCUGCAUAGCGCUGCAAGCAAGGGCCACGUCGAAAUUGUUGCAGCGCUGUUGGAGAAAGGAGCGAGUGUCAACAAACCCCUACCCAAUGGAAAAUGCGCGCUUCAACUGGCGAGUGGAGAGGGGUAUCUCGAGGUUGUGAAGGUUUUGCUCGACAAUGGAGCAUCCAUGACACUAAAGGACAACGAAGAACUGGACGCGCUGACGAUCGCCGCUAGAAAGGGACACUCGGAGGUGGUGAAGCUGCUUCUGCGACAGGGGACGCUUAAGCGUGAGAUUCCAGGUUUGCUCACUGACGCACUCAAGAACGGUCAGGCGAAUAUCGUCGAAGUCCUGCUGGAGGAAGGGGCAAGUGUGAAUGACCUACUCCCAAGCAAAACCACAGCGCUUCACGUUGCAACGAAGAGCGGGCAGAGUGCUGUCGUGAAGUUCAUUCUGGAGAGGGGUGCACAAGUGGAUUUUGCUGAUAGAGAGGGCAAGACUUCUCUCAUGAUGGCAGCGAUAAACAACCACCUCGACGUGAUCAAUCUCCUCCUGGAGAAAGGCGCAAAUGUUCGCAAAGAGACUCAGGCCGGUGAAACAGCUCUCGCCCUUGCGUGUGCUGAGGGGCACCUGGAUGCUGCUGAGCUCCUCUUCAAAAAGUACGCCUCCAAUCGCGCUGGGGGCCACAAUGGCAAACUGCUCUUGCAACCAGCUACUCAGGGGUAUUUCGAUUUGGUAAAGUUUCUGCUGGAAAGAGGGGUGUAUGCGGAUGCCACCGACGAGUCUGGCUGGAGCGUGUUGAUGUGUGCAGCGGACAACGGUCAUGCGGAUAUCGUGGAGCUGCUCCUAAAGCACGGCGCGGAUAUCGAGUAUCACGAAGAAAACGGUUUAACGGCCUUGCAUCGUGCAUGCUAUGUGGGCCAUGUAGAGGCCGCGAAGACUCUGGUGAAGCAUGGCGCACCUAUCAACGUGUGUGAGAAUAAUGAGAGAACCCCCUUGAUGGAAGCGAUCGGGGCACCUGAUGUCGUUCAGUUCCUUCUCGAGAACGGUGCGUCGGUUGAUAUGACCGACAACAACUCGGAGACGGCACUGAUCCAGGCAGCACCCUUCUCAAGCGGCGCGGCAAUUGACGUCACCAACGACAACGGGUGGACGGCGUUGAUGAGCGCUUCCCAUGAGGGCAACAGCGAGGUGGUAUCGGCCCUCAUCAAAAGAGGAGCGGACCUCGACAAACAAGCGCCCGAUGGGAAGAGUGCUUUGCAUCUCGCCUGUGACGAAGACCAUCUCGACGUUGUAAAGAUCCUCGUCGGUGCUGGAGCAGACAUCAACUUAGCGGAAGGCGAAGGGAAUACUGCGCUGCUGCUGGCGGCUGCGUACGGGAAUGUUGCGAUUCUGCAGUGUCUUCUGAGCUCUGAAGCACCGAUCGAGGCCACGAACAACGAUGGAUACACCCCUCUUAUGCUAGCUGCUGAAGCCGGAUAUGCAGCUACAGCCUCCGCGCUCAUCAAACGCGGCGCUACCCUGAAUAACCAGCUUCCGGAUGGCAGGAGUGAGCUCUACCUCGCAUGUGAGAACGGUCACCUCGGCGUGGUCAAGAUCCUCAUCAACCAUGGAGCUUCCGUUGACUUGGUUGAUGAAAAUGGAGAGAACGCGCUGUCCGCUGCGAGUGAAAAUGGCCACAAGAAGGUGGUGAAGUUCCUGUCGGCCAUUGCGAGCAAACCAGGUGCUGGCCGUACUCGUGACGGUGUGGAUGGAGGCGUGACGCUGCGAACUGCCUGCAAGCGAGGCGAUGUGCAGCUUGUCGAGCGUCUACUGGAGAAAUCGCAGUCUGGCCCCAUACCGAGCGCUCCAAACUGGACGCCUCUCACAACCGCGGCAGCGGAGGGCCACGCAGAAGUGGUGAAGCUUCUGUUGGAGAAGGGGGCUAACGUCAACGAGCAACUUCCCAAUGGCAACAGUGCACUGCAGCUGGCAAGCAAGGGAGGCCACGUCGAGGUCGCAAAGAUCCUGAUUGAGAGUGGAGCAUCUCUUGAGUUGACAGACGAAGACGGAGACACUCCGCUGGCGUCUGCAGCCGAGGAAGAACAGCUCAAUACUGUGAAGUUGCUACUGGACAAGGGGGCGUUUAUCGAUCCGACAAUUCUCCACACUGCGGCGUCAUUUGGUUGUGAUAAAGUUGUCCAAUUGCUUGUUGAUGCUGGUGCAGAGGUCGACUGUGUGGAUGACGAAGGCAAGAGUGCGUUGCAAGCUGCAGCUGAGGGAGGACAUACGUCGGUGGUGAAGCUUCUGUUGGAGAAGGGGGCAUCUCCUAACUUGGCUGACAGUGAUGGCUGGACUGCACUGACGUACGCCCUCUUAAUUGCGGACCUGAGUACUGUCAAGGUCCUUCUGGCUAAGGGCUGCAGCUUGAGCUUCCAGCGUGAGGAUGGCAUAACAGCUCUUCACAUGGCGUGUCAAGAGGACAACCUCAAGCUCGUGAAGCUGCUGCUUGCUGACGGCGCAUCGCUGGAAGCUGUGGACGAAGAAGGCGACACGCCGUUCAUAACCGCAGCCAGGUGUAACCAGAUCCAAGUCAUGAGGCUUCUAUUGGAUCGAGGCGCGUCAAUAAACGCUUCCAACCAUGAAGGGCGGACGGCGCUGAUGUACGCGGCGAUGGAAGAAGAUCCAAGUGCUGCCAAGAUGCUCGUAAGAAAAGGCUGCGACGUUAAUGUGCAGACUCCGGACGGGUUAACCGCUCUUCACAUCGCGGCUGAACACGGCAGCGUCCAAACGAUGAGGUUCCUCCUCGCGAAUGGCGGAUCAGUACAAAACGUGGGGGCGGGGGACGAUAGCCCGCUGAUGUGUGCGGCUAAGACGAAUCAAACCGACGCGAUAGGGCUGUUGCUGGACAAGGGGGCGUCGGUCGAUUGGACGGACAGUGAGGGCUGGACUGCCCUCAUGACGGCGUCAGAAAACGGCAACGCGGACGCUGUCAAGCAGUUGUUGGAGAAAGGGGCGAACGUUAACCAGCAACGAUCAGAUGGGCCCACUGCGCUCCACAUCGCCUCGAUUGAAGGGUAUGACACUGUUGUCAAGCAUCUAUUGAAGCGUGGGGCUGUAGUUGAUGUCGGCGACGAAAGCGGCGACUCGGCGUUGAUCUGUGCGGCUGAAAAGGGGCAUGCCUCUGUUGCCAGGCUGCUGAUUGAACACGGCGCGUCCAUCGACUUCACGAACGCUAAUGGCUGGACCCCUCUCCUAGGCGCUGCUGCCAAUGGCCACGUGGAUGUGGUGACGCUGUUGCUGAAGAAGGACAAGCAGCGCUCGAGUGGGGCACACGAACACGCUGAUACUAACGAGAACGCAUUUAUCAACCGGGCAGACAACGAUGGGGACAACUUGCUGAUAAAUGCAGCUUUAUUCGGUCAUGCAACCGUGGUGAAGCUUCUCCUACAGAACGGCGCGGACAUCGACUCGAUGAACAACAAGGGUGAGUCAGCGAUAGUGUGUGCGUCGAAGCAAGGCCAUGACGCAGUGGCCGCGCUGCUGUUGAAACGCGGGGCUCAAACUGAGGCGCUCUCAUCGUCUGGCGAAGAUGCUUCGGAAAGUGACGACGAAGACGCUACUUCAGAUUCUGAGGGCUCUAUCAACCCGGCAGAUGAAGACAGCGACGACGCGAGUGACUCAAGUGACGAAGGCGAUGAUCAGUCGGAGACAUCGUCAGCCGAUAACGUCUCGAACAGUGCAGACUGGAGCCCGCUCAUGACCGCAGCGGCGGAGGGCGAGACGGAGGAGGUAAAGUGCCUGCUGAAGGGAAGAGCUGACGUCGACGAGCAGCUACCGGACGGCACCACUGCGCUACAUCUCGUAUGCAAGGAAGGACACGUCGAUGUUGUGAAGUUCCUGGUCGAGAAUGGGGCGUCGGUUGACUUGACUGACGAGGACGGAGAGAGCCCGCUGAUGUUUGCAGCAGAUUACGGAGAGCUCGAUGUGGUGACGUUCCUAUUGGAGAAGGGGGCGUCCAUCGACGUGGCUACCGACGAGGGCUGGACUGCGCUUAUGGGAGCUUCGCACCACGGCAACGACGAUAUCGUCAGGCUGCUACUGGAGAGAGGAGCUAGCGUGGAUAAGCGACGAUCGGAUGGCUCAACCGCUCUCCACACUGCGGCGACGGGUGGUCGUGUCGAGUUUGUACGACUCCUUGUUGAUGGCGGGGCAGCGACGGACUCUUUGAACGACGAUGGCACUAGUCCGCUGCUCGCUGCGGCCGAGGAAGGGCAUACAUCGGUGGUGAAGCUUUUGUCGGAGAAGGGAGCGAACAAGGCCGGCUACACCCCGAUCAUGCUUUCCUCGCAGAACGGUCACGACGACGUUGUCGUUGUGCUUCUGCAGAAGGAGAGCGGAGCUAGCGUUGGCUCGAACGACUUGGACGAGGACAGCCAACUGUCAGCUGCAACUGAAAAGGGGGAGCCCAAUUUGGUCAAAUUGCUCCUGCAAAAUGGCGCCCCUGUUGACUCCGUCAACGACAAGGGCUGGACGUCUCUUAUGAUCACAGCGCGGGAUGGAAAUGCUGAAGUGGCAUCAAUUUUGCUAGACAGCGGGGCCAGUAUGGAAAAGAAAGACUCAGACGGGAAGACUGCUCUGCUUACUGCAUGCGAGCACGGUCAUCUAUUUGUUGCGGAGAUCCUCGUGGAGCACGGCGCUAAGAUCGGCGUAAAAGACAACGGCGGUAGCAGUCCACUGAAGUUCGCUGCAACAUUUGGGCAUACGAGUAUCAUGAAGCUACUUCUAGCGCAUGGUGCGUCUACUGAAGCGCAAAGCGACAUCGGUUGGACGCCGUUGAUGAGCGCUGCGAGAACCGGCCAGGUCGAUGCGGCGAGCUUGCUAUUGGAUCACGGAGCCAGACUCGAGACAAAGAGCACAGCCGGUAUGACCGCCCUUACCGUCGCGAGCAGGUACGGCCGCUCGAAUGUAGCAGGCGUGCUUCUGGAGUGCGGCGCAGUGGUCGACGCGGGGGACACGAAUGGUAACACGCCGCUGAAACUUGCGGCAACUUAUAAGCACAUCGCGGUGGUCAAGCUGCUGCUAAGAAAGGGUGCUGCCAUCCAAGCGCGGAACAAAACGGGCUGGACACCGCUCAUGAGUGCAUCGAAUAAUGGCCACGUUGAUGUACUGAAUGUGCUGUUGGAUCACGGAGCCAAUCUCGAGACCAAGAACUCGGCUGGCUUAUCAGCGCUCGCAAUCGCGUGCCAGCAAGACCGAUCGGCCGUAGUGAAGGUGCUACUCGAGCAUGGUGCAGUGAUCGACAAGCCAGACAGGACGGGCAACACCCCGCUCAAAAUUGCCGCCAAGCAGGGACACACAGAUGUGGUGAAGCUGCUGCUGGAGAAUAACGCGAACAUCGAACAGGCAAACGACUCGGGAUUGACUCCACUGAUGAGCGCUGCAUUCGGUGGAUACGCUGGCGUGGUGACGGUGCUGCUGGACCACGGCGCCAGUCUUGACGCAGCAGACAGCAACAGUAGCACGGCUCUCAAGAUCGCAGCUAAGCAAGGACAUGCAGAUGUGGUGCUGCUGCUGCUGGAGCGGGGUGCGAGUGGUGACACAUCGACCAACACAGGGUGGACACCGCUUAUGAGCGCUGCACACGGUGGCCACGCGGAUAUUGCGACAGUGUUGCUGGGCCACGGAGCCAGUCUCGAGCUGCGGAACUCGGUCGGCAUGACUGCGCUCGUGGUCGCGUGUCAGCAGAACCGCCUUAGUGUAGCGGAGCUUCUCUUGAAGCACAACGCAGUGGUCGACGCGACGGACAAAAACGAUAACACUUCACUGAAGAUCGCGGCCAAGCACGGGCACGCGGACGUGGUGAAGCUUGUUGCUGGAGAAGGUGGCAACGCCGGCAUGACAACGAUACUGCUAGACCACGGCGCCAAGCUUGACGUGAGAGACAGUAGUGGCAACACCGCGCUCAAGAUUGCGUCCAAGCAGGGGAAGACAGAGGUGAUGAAGUUGCUGCUGGAACGGGGUUCGAAUGCGGAAUCGACGACCGAGGCCGGGAGGACGUCACUAAUGAGUGCGACGCACAGUGGCCACGCGGAUGUGGCGUCGGAUCUGUUGGACCACGGCGCCAGUCUCGAGACCAAGAACUCGGCCGGCUUAACAUCGCUCGCUAUCGCGUGCCAGCAGAACCGAUCAAACGUGGCCAAGGUUCUCCUAGAGCGCGGGGCAGUGGUCGACACGGUAGACAAGACCGGCAACACCCCGCUCAAGAUCGCGGCUAAGCAAGGCCACGCGGAUGUGGUGAAGCUGCUGCUCGAGUAUAAUGCGAGUGUCGAGUUGGCAAACGACUCAAGGAUGACUCCAUUUAUGAGCGCUGCUUACAGUGGCCACACUGCAGUGGCGACGGUGCUACUAGACCACGGCGCUAGCCUCAAGACCCAGACGACGACCAGCAUGACGGCAUUCUUGAUCUCGUGCCAGCAGGGGCAGCUCAACGUGGCGAAGGUCCUCCUGGAACGGGGUGCAAUCAUCGACGCGGCAGACAACAAGGGCAACACCCCGAUCAAAAUGGCGAUCAACCACGACCACGUGAAUAUCGUGAAGCUGCUGCUGGAGAAAGGUGCGAGCACCAAGGCCACGACCGCCACCGGGUUGACGGCGCUCAUGAGUGCGGUGAAGAACGGUCACGACGAGUGUGUGGAGGCUUUGCUGAGUGGGGGAGUCGAUCCGAACGCUGGGCUUCCGAACGGGAUCACUCCUCUCCACCUCGCUGGGAAAUACGGCCAGCCUAAGUGUGCACAGUUGCUGGUGGAACAUGGGGCGUGUUUGGACGCGAAGACCCAAACUGGGGACAGUCCUCUCAUAACAUCCGCCAGACAUUCCCACGCGGACGUGGCCCGAGUUCUUGUAGAGAAGGGUGCGUCUGUCGACAUGGCCAACAACGCGGGGCUCACUGCGCGGAUGCUGGCGAAGAAAAAAAGUCACAAGGAAGUCGAAGCUGUGCUGCUCGAGAAGAGCUGA